CCGCCUCAAGCAGUACUCUCAUGACGGACAACGGGCUCACGGGCGGCAACUUGGACGCGCUUCUCUCGCAGCAUGCGGCGGGCAUCGCAGAGCUCAAGGCGCUCGUCAAGGACGUUCUCACGCCCGAGCACGACGACGUCUGGCUGCUGCGGUUCCUCCUCAGCAACGGCAGCCCGGCCGCGAGCGAGGAGCCAAUCCGGUUCACGAUCACGUGGCGGGCUGAGCGCAAGGACGCGCUCGAGCGCAUCAAGCAAGGCGGGCAGGCGCCAUAUCACACUGAAGUGAGCAAGUACCAGGUGGCGGGCGACCACAAGUACACGGCGCUGGGCGAGCCGAUCUUCUACGUGCGCAUUGGGCUCUGCAACCCGCGCGCGCUCAUGGACAACGUCUCGUACAACGCGGUGGUCGAGUACAUGAUGCUGUCGCGCGAAGCCACGAUGGUGUACCUCGACACCAAGUCGCGCGAGACCCGGACGCUGCUCAAGGCCAUAACGAUCUUGGACUUUAACGGCUUCUCGCUGCUCCGCGGCAACGACGCACGCUUCUCCAAGGUGCUUGGCGACACGAGCAAGCUCUCGGAGAAGAUGUACCCGCAGGUGCUCGGCCGCACCAUCUUUGUCAACACCCCCGCCAUCUUUUCGUUUUGCUUUCGCCUCAUCAAGCCACUCAUGAGCGCCCGCGCCGUGGCCAAGAUGGUGUUCUGCCCCGGCGGUAAGCAGCUGAGCGACUGCCCGUAUGUCACCAAGUACCUCAAGCUCUCGGACCUUCCGACGUUUCUUGGCGGCCAGUGCUCGUGCGACGGAAGCGGCUGCAUCGGUGGCAUCCCCAACUCGCAGACGACACCGCUCACGAGCGUCGACGACGACGGCCUCGCCUCGAUGACGGUCGCCGCGCGCUCGGUGCAGUCGCUUGACAUUGCCAUCAAGAGUGGGCGCGUGUUCGAGUACACGCUCGGCGUGCCCGGCAAGCGCGUUGAAGUGAGCGUCGCGUUCAAGAGCUCGGGCGACAGCAACGUGAUCGAAAUCUUCCCAAAGCAAUUUCUCCAAGACACGAGUGGGCUCGUCGACGGCGUGUGGCCCGCACCAGCGGACGGCGUCGUCACCAUCUUGUUUGAUGGCAACGACGCGGUCUUCCGCGGGCGCCAGGUCCAGUACAAGGUCGAGGUCGUCGACGACCCCGCCGACGCCUAAGGUGUCUUGCCUGGUUGCUCACGCUACCGCCAUUAGUCUAUGCGUUCUAUAUCACAAAUUCCACUUGCCCUCGUGGUUUAUACUGCCAGAA